ACUAAAUAAGAUAACAUAACAUGUUGUGAUAAAAUGGUCCAGUCCAGGCUGAAAGAUUUUAAUUUGGUUGCAUAGAUUUAUUUUGACUGUUUUAACUUUAGAUUUAUCUCAGGUUUAUCCACUGGAAAAACAAACGCGCUUACAUAAAGUAUCCAAGUUUGCUUCACAGGACUCAAAAAUAGUAUGAAGAACAGUAAAGUAGUUAUCUCUUCUUGCGAGAAAGAUUUUAUUUUAUCAUGCGUACGCAGUGGCAAGGUAUACUUUCUACAAUGUUAUAUGUACAAUCUCUGAUAUACAAUAUAAAGAAAUGAAAUAUAUCAUCAUGUGUCUGUUUUAGCGCAUGGAUCGUCGUCACACAUAUGACUACAGAAAACUACAGAUAUCAUUUGGAGUAGAUCGAGGUCAUUGCGAGGUUCAGUUAGGUAAAACUAGGUAAGGAUUAUAUCAGCAGGGAUUUAUUAUACAAGCAUUUUGGUCUACUACUGGGAUUUUUAAGGAAAAUUGAGUUUCAGUGUUUAUAGUGGGAGAGCACUUCCACAGUUUGCCCCACCACCCACCCCCAGGGAAAUUUUUGAUUUUGUCUCUGAAAUAUUAACAUUCCCCACAUGCAGACAACACUUUUGAGCAAAAAUAUAACUGUUGCAAAACAGAAUUUUUAUAGCAUGUUGAAUUUCAGAAGGUCCUCAUUCAAAUGGCGGUUCAAUAAAAUCAGCUGCAGCCUUUCACUGAAACUUGGCAUCUCUGCCAAAUGUCUGCUGCAGUAAUUUUGUUAGCCAAUGAUAAAUACAGCAACAUACUUUGUAUAUUAUCAUACUUUGUAUGUGAGAAGUGGUCCCUUUUGGUCACAAUUAUGCACUAGUCAAUUGAAACCCUGGCCCCCCGACCCCGGGAUAGGGCGGGGGAAAUUAACAUUUUGACAAUGUUAAAGUUUGGUAAUUACCCCACUACCGGGGGAAUAUUGACUGUUAAAGUUACCGCCCCUAUGGCCCCGGCACUUUGCAAAUUAUAAUGGAAAUCGUUGAAGAAUAAAAUGUUCACAACAUGUGAAGGCGAUUCUUGAUCUUAAACUUUGAUCCACAUCAAAAGAUACUGAAUAAUCUACAUUUCAAGUAUCUUGCAGUCAUCAUCAGGAAUGUAUAAAAAGUGAAAAUAUAUUCCCUUUUUUUAAAGAAAAACUAUGAGGAAACAAUUCUCUGAUUUUGAAGAUUCCGCCAUGUUGCCACAAGGAUAAACUCAUUCCAGUCCACUUUCAUAUCAGCCGUGCGUUAAAGUCCCGGCUAUUGGCCCGGCUAAUAAAUUGACUUCUUAUUUACCCUGUACCCGGGGGGAAAUAGUGCAUUAAAACCGUGUUAAUCCACGGCCAUUCCCCCGUUAAUUCCCUGCCCUGUCCCGGGGGGCCGGGGUUUCAAUUGACUAGCUAUAGUGCAUUAAUACUUAAUAAAUGAUUUUCUCUAUACCUUUAUGUCAUCUAGAGUGCUAGCUCAAGUAUCGAGUGAGGUAGUAUGUCCACCACCAAACAGGCCAUCUGAGGGACAAUUGUUUUUUAAUCUUGAACUUUCUCCAAUGGCGUCACCUGCUUAUGAAACAGGAAGGUAUGACUGCCAUAUUACUAAAGCGUUCUUACAGACUCUUCCUUACCAUUGUCAAACUUUUAGACUAGAGCCUAACUUCAGUUGCUACUUGUUUAAUUAAUGUCCUGCUUUGGAUGAAACUGUCAGCCUCAAUUGAAAAAAAAUAAUAUUGUUUUGGCCAGUCAGACACUUGGUUAUUUCACUGAUAAAACCUGUAGACAAAUUAUAUAACUCUAUCCUUUCAAAUUUUUUUAGCUAUGUUACACACAACUUUUUGACUACAGCAUUCAGGGAGGCAGACACUUGCAGCCACAAAUGGUGUAUCCCCUUAAUAAUUUCUGAAAGUCUGUGAAUGACAGCUUCAGGACUGGUUAUAUUGUGCAAUUAACAAAGCAGAAACAAAUAUUUUAUAACCACAAAAGACAUAAAUAAGCAUGAAAUGUACAUAUGAAAUCGAAGUAUAUUAAAGAGAAAAAAUAUGGCCUGCCAGUCUAAAAAUUUUUGGCAGGCAAAAUAAAUUUUAGCCUGCUAUUUUAUUCAUUGAACUGCCAAAAUGGCGAUGUCUCAUAUGAGUCACAUUGUGAAAAUCAAUGUUUUCAUGAUAUGCAUUUUUAUAGUUUUUAAACUUGUCUAUUUUACUACAAUAAACUUGGAUUUACAUUUCAAAUAUAAAUGUAUUUUGCAUUUUUCCUUUGUCAACAUCACUUAUUAUGUCAGCAAAAGUGAUGCUGACAAAGAAAAAGUCACUUUGCACGAACCAUAGUUACGAACGAAUUUGCCUUGUGGAAAACCAUAGGAAAACUGGCGCAAAGAGUAGUAUGUCAAACUGGAGCAUAGACAGCAUUGACAAAGACUCUCCAUUGUUGAUAGGGUGGGCAAACCUAUGUUCUUGACAAUGAGUUUCCCGUAAUGAUUAAUGAUCAACUGAUUCCCAGAGUGCACUCAAUCCCGUGUUUGGGAGUUAAACUUGAUGAAACAUUGAAUUGGGACGAAUAUAUUGAAAUGGUUUGCAAAAAAGUCGGAGCGGGCAUAGGAAUUCUAAAGCGUAUCAAGCCCUAUGUUCCUGCAAACACAUUGAUAUCAAUUUAUAAUGCUCUGAUACAGCCUUACUUCGAUUACUGCUCUCCUCUUUGGGGGAUUUGUAACAAAACACUAAGAGAUAAUUUACAAAAGUUCCAAAAUUGGGCCACCAGAAUAAUAGCUGGCGCCAGUUAUGAGAUCAGAUCUGCUGACGUUCUUCGAACUCUUGACUAGGAUAAUUUGGAAACAAGAUCAUGGUACUUAACCAAGGCAACAUUCUUAUAUAUAGUCUUGAGUAAUAGUGCUGCACCAACACUGAAAGAUUCAUUCAUAAGUAGAAAUAUUUUACUAAACAAUUAUAAUCUUAGAAAUUCUCAAACUGAUCAGACCCUUCCAAAGCGAAACAGAAAAUUUCUCAAAAGAAGCUUUAAAUAUAGCGGUGCUUAUCUUUGGAAUAACCUUCCGCUUGAAGCUAAGCAAGCUCAAUCAAUUUAUAUAUUUAAAAGUUGUAUAAAACAAAAUUUUUGAUGUUAAUAACCGAGUCUGGAUUCAGUUAAUCAUAUCUUUAUCUGGGACACACCAUCAUGGUUUACAGUAGCUUUUGACAAUGUACAUAUUGUAGUAGACUUAGUUUCCUUCCUUUUUAUAUUCUUUGUAAUAUUUUUUAUAUGGACGCCCCCCAUGGAAAUCAACUUUUGUAGUUGUCGGGGCUAGUGUCGCUAAAUAAAGUAUGUAUGUAUGUAUGUAUAUGUAUGUAUGUUCUUAUGCCCUGCUUGGGAAUGGCGGAGUUAACUAAAAUUUAACGUCCUUAAUUUAGAUUAUCAGAACAUACAGUUGAAUUAAACAGAUUACUUGAAAGAGUUUACAAACAGUCUCAAUGUAUAGAUGUUGAGUCAUUGUGUAUUGUGACUGGGGAAAAGGU